AUGAGUGACAAUAAAACAGAACUUUGGAAAAUUGGUUUCGUUGUCUUGGGACCUCCACCAUCAGUGCCAGACGAGCCGCCCUCUCAACACAAUACACUAACUCGUCCGGCAGGCACAUUAAGUACGCUGAAGCGAGAACGAGCAAAGGAACGGGAACGGCUACAGAAGGAGCUGAAUAUUCUUGGAGACGUGGAGAGAAAAGAAGAAACGCAGUCGAAAAGUAAAGAAGAAUCCGAUUACAAACCUACCUCACCAUUAUCACCUGAACCACAUUCAACAUUGAAAGAGAAGACUAGUUACGUUGAGGAACCCGAAUCCAACACUACCACAUUGGAACGCAAAGAACGUAAAAUGGAAAAAGAGCAAGCGUUGGUGCGACGGAUCACCAACGAUAUGCAAAUAGCACAUUAUGUUCGACAAAUGGAAAUGUCUAGAGGUCAUGGGAAGCGACAUCGAGGAGCUUUUUCAACCGGUGUUUUUCGCAUACGAUCACUAAGAUUUUUCGAAGCUGGACUUCGUCGUGCUCUGUGGUAUCUUGGCAAGGCUAUCGCUAAUCACAAGCUGCUUUUCGUGGUGCUUCCUUUGUUAAUCGUCGCCUCUUCGCUGAUUGGUCCGAUUCUUCACCGCAGUAAAAUGACAGUAUCGCUGCCAUUCGCGCUGCUUGGCGCUGACGGAAAUGACGUCAUCUCAAAUGGCUACAGUAUUCAGAGGACACAACGUGGUUUCAACUACAGUAAUCCUGCGUUCAGUGCGUUGGAUUUUAUGGAUCCGUCCGAGUUUGCUGUACUGCUGAGAACAACGUAA